CGCUGGGGCGGGCGAGCGGGUCGGCGGCUGGAGCUCGGGCACGAGAGCUGCACGGGGCGGGGGCGAUCGAGGCGUCGACAGGGGCUCCCCGAGGAGGCGCGAGAGACCUGGCGAAGGUCCGGUCCUCGGGGCCCCGGGCUGAAGCGGGAAGGGGGUCCGGCGCUGCGGGGCAGGGAGGCAAGAUGACUUCUCUCCCCCAAGCCUGGAACAGCUGAAGGAACUGCCGUGCAAGAUGAGAACCACAAAGGUCUACAAACUGGUCAUCCACAAGAAGGGCUUUGGGGGCAGCGAUGAUGAGCUGGUCAUGAACCCCAAAGUGUUUCCUCACAUCAAGCUUGGAGACAUUGUGGAGAUUGCUCACCCCAACGAUGAGUACAGCCCUCUGCUUUUGCAAGUCAAGUCACUUAAGGAAGAUUUACAGAAAGAAACUAUCAGUGUGGACCAGACCGUGACCCAAGUGUUUCGUCUAAGACCUUAUCAAGAUGUCUAUGUGAAUGUCGUAGACCCUAAGGAUGUGACCCUUGAUCUAGUGGAGCUAACCUUUAAGGAUCAAUAUAUUGGCCGUGGGGAUAUGUGGAGACUAAAGAAAAGUUUGGUCAGCACAUGCGCCUACAUCACUCAGAAGGUGGAAUUUGCUGGCAUCAGGGCACAGGCUGGUGAGCUGUGGGUCAAGAAUGAGAAGGUCAUGUGUGGUUAUAUCAGUGAAGAUACCAGGGUGGUGUUCCGUUCUACGUCGGCUAUGGUUUACAUAUUUAUUCAGAUGAGCUGUGAAAUGUGGGAUUUUGAUAUUUAUGGGGAUCUGUAUUUUGAGAAAGCUGUGAAUGGUUUCCUUGCCGAUCUCUUUACCAAGUGGAAGGAGAAGAACUGUAGUCAUGAAGUGACAGUGGUCCUAUUUUCUAGAACUUUCUAUGAUGCAAAAUCGCUUGAUGAAUUUCCCGAGGUAAACCGAGCCUCAAUUCGGCAGGAUCACAAGGGGCGAUUCUAUGAAGACUUUUAUAAAGUGGUGGUGCAGAAUGAGAGGAGAGAAGAGUGGACGUCACUCCUGGUGACCAUUAAAAAGCUCUUCAUCCAGUAUCCAGUGUUGGUGCGACUGGAACAGGCAGAGGGCUUCCCUCCAGGAGACAAUUCUACCUCAGCACAAGGGAACUACCUAGAGGCCAUCAACCUGUCCUUCAAUGUGUUUGACAAGCACUAUAUCAACCGCAACUUUGACCGAACUGGGCAGAUGUCCGUGGUGAUCACGCCUGGGGUGGGUGUGUUCGAAGUGGACCGUCUACUCAUGAUCCUGACCAAGCAGCGGAUGAUAGAUAACGGAAUUGGUGUGGACUUGGUGUGCAUGGGGGAGCAGCCGUUACAUGCUGUCCCGUUGUUCAAGCUGCACAACCGGAGUGCUCCUUGCGAUUCCCGUCUGGGCGACGACUAUAAUAUUCCUCACUGGAUCAACCACAGUUUCUACACCUCCAAAAGCCAGCUCUUUUGUAACAGUUUCACCCCCCGGAUAAAACUGGCCGGAAAGAAGCCUGCCUCCGAGAGAGCGAAAAAUGGCCGUGACACAUCUCUUGGGACUCCAAAAGAAGCUGAGAAUGCCCUGCCCAUCCAAGUAGACUAUGAUGCCUACGACGCUCAAGUGUUCAGGCUGCCAGGCCCAUCCCGGGCUCAGCGCCUCGCCACCUGCAGGUCUGUGCGCGAGCAGGAGAGUCACAGUCGAAAGAGUGCCAGCUCCUGCGACGUCUCCUCCAGCCCUUCCGUGCCCAGCCGGGCGCUGCCCACGGAGGAAGUGAGGAGCCAGGCUUCCGAUGACAGCUCCCUGGGCAGGAGCGCCAACACCCUCAUGAUCCCUCUCCCCCACCUGCACCAGUAUGAAGUCAGCAGCUCCUUGGGCUACACCAGCACGCGAGAUGCCCUGGAGAACAUGGUGGAGCCGCCGCAGCGAGACUCCAGCGCGCCAGGGCGGUUCCACGUGGGCAGCGCGGAAUCCAUGCUGCACGUUCGACCGGGGGGCUGCGCACCCCAGCGGGCGCUGAUCAACCCCUUCGCCCCCUCACGGAUGCCCAUGAAGCUCACGUCCAACAGGAGGCGCUGGAUGCACACCUUCCCUGUGGGACCAUCCGGAGAGGCCAUCCAGAUCCAUCACCAGACCCGACAGAACAUGGCGGAGCUGCAGGGCAGCGGGCGGAGGGACCCCACCCACUCCUCUGCAGAGCUGCUGGAGUUAGCCUAUCAUGAAGCUGCUGGAAGGCACAGCUCCUCCCGCCAGCCUGGCGACGGCAUGUCCUUCUUGAACUUCGGUGGGACGGAAGAGCUUGCUGCCGGCCUGCUUAGCAACAGCGGCGCAGGGAUGAACCCCAGGACCCAGAAUAAGGAUUCGCUAGAGGACAGUGUCUCUACCUCUCCCGACCCAAUUCUGACACUGUCUGCCCCCCCUGUAGUGCCAGGCUUCUGUUGCACAGUUGGAGUGGACUGGAAGUCUCUCACGACUCCGGCGUGCCUCCCCCUCACCACCGACUACUUCCCCGACCGCCAGGGCCUGCAGAACGACUACACGGAGGGCUGUUACGACCUCCUCCCGGAAGCGGACAUGGACAGGAGGGACGAGGAGGGUGUGCAGAUGACGGCCCAGCAGGUGUUCGAAGAGUUCAUUUGCCAGCGUCUCAUGCAGGGCUAUCAGAUCAUAGUGCAGCCCAAGGCGCAGAAACCCAACCCCGCCGUCCCACCCCCGCUGAGCAGCAGCCCCCUGUACAGCCGAGGCCUGGUGUCCCGAAACCGCCCUGAGGAGGAGGACCAGUACUGGCUGAGCAUGGGUCGCACGUUCCACAAAGUGACCCUGAAGGACAAGAUGAUCACAGUGACGCGCUACCUGCCCAAGUACCCUUACGAAUCGGCCCAGAUCCACUACACCUACAGCCUGUGCCCUUCCCACUCGGACUCGGAGUUCGUGUCCUGCUGGGUGGAAUUCUCCCACGAACGGCUGGAGGAGUACAAGUGGAACUACUUAGAUCAGUACAUCUGCUCCGCCGGCUCGGAGGACUUCAGCUUAAUCGAGUCUCUGAAGUUCUGGAGGACCCGCUUCCUGCUGCUGCCCGCCUGUGUCACUGCCACCAAGCGCAUCACGGAGGGCGAAGCCCACUGCGACAUCUACGGGGACCGGCCGCGGGCCGACGAGGAGGAGUGGCAGCUGCUGGAUGGCUUUAUCCGCUUCGUGGAGGGCCUGAACCGCAUCCGCCGGCGCCACCGCUCAGACCGCAUGAUGCGGAAAGGGGCCGCCAUGAAAGGCCUACCGAUGGCGGGGCCCAUUUCCGCGCACUCCCUCGAGGCGGCCGGCCCCCCGGCUGGGAAGAAGGGAACCUCGGCCCUGUCUGCCCUGCUGGAGAUGGAGGCCAGCCAGAAGUGCCUGGGAGAGCAGCAGGCAGCUGUGCACGGUGGCAAGAACUCCGCCCAGCCCGCCGAGAGCAGCAGCAGCGUUGCCAUGACUCCCACCUACGUGGACAGCCCGAGAAAGGACGGGGCCUUCUUUAUGGAGUUUGUCCGCAGUCCGCGCACAGCGUCGUCUGCCUUCUACUCGCAGGUGUCCGUGGACCAGACGGCCGUCCUGGGGUUGGACGGCACCAGCUUGGGGGUAAGCACAGGCCAGUCCGCGGACAGAGGCAACAGCCAGACCUUCGGGAGCUCCCAGAACGCGGGGGAGCAGAGCUUCACCUCCACGAACCCCAGUGACAGCAGCUCUCAGCAGGUGCUGGCAAGCUCCUUGACGUCGGCCUCCACCCUGGCCGAGAUUCUGGAAGCCAUGAAGCACCCCUCGACAGGCGUCCAGCUGCUCUCGGAACAGAAGGGCCUCUCGCCCUCCUGCUUCAUCAGCGCGGAGGUGGUGCACUGGCUGGUGAACAACGUGGAGGGCGUCCAGACGCCGGCCAUGGCCAUCGACAUCAUGCAGAAAAUGCUGGAGGAGCAGCUCAUCACGCACGCGUCUGGCGAAGUCUGGCGGACCUUCAUCUACGGCUUCUAUUUCUACAAGAUAGUCAUGGACAGAGAGCCCGACCGAGCGGCCGUGCAGCAGCCCACCACCUGGCACACGCCGGCGGUGGACGACUUCGCCAGCUUCCAGCGCAAGUGGUUCGAGGUGGCCUUCGUGGCCGAAGAGCUCUUGCACUCGGAGAUCCCGGCCUUCCUCCUUCCCUGGCUGCCCAGCCGGCCGGCCUCCUACGCGAGCAGGCACAGCUCCUUCAGCCGCAGCUUCGGAGGGCGGAGCCAGGCCGCUGCGCUCUUAGCUGCCACCGUCCCGGAGCAGAGGACUGUGACGCUGGACGUGGACGUGAACAACCGAACAGACCGGCUGGAGUGGUGCAGCUGCUAUUACCAUGGCAACUUCUCCCUGAACGCGGCCUUCGAGAUCAAGCUCCACUGGAUGGCGGUGACCGCCGCGGUCCUCUUCGAGAUGGUUCAAGGGUGGCAUCGCAAAGCCACCUCCUGCGGCUUUCUGCUGGUCCCGGUUCUGGAGGGUCCCUUUGCGCUGCCCAGUUACCUGUAUGGCGACCCGCUUCGAGCCCAGCUCUUCAUCCCGCUCAACGUCAGCUGUCUGCUCAAGGAGGGCAGCGAGCACCUAUUCGAUAGCUUUGAACCGGAAACGUACUGGGACCGCAUGCACCUCUUCCAGGAAGCCAUUGCGCACAGGUUUGGGUUUGUGCAAGAUAAAUAUUCCGCGUCUGCUUUUAACUUCCCAGCUGAGAACAAGCCUCAGUACAUCCAUGUCACAGGCACCGUGUUCCUGCAGCUGCCCUACUCCAAGCGCAAGUUCUCGGGGCAGCAGCGCCGGCGGCGCAACUCCACCAGCUCCGCCAACCAGAACAUGUUCUGCGAGGAGCGGAUCGGCUACAACUGGGCCUACAACACCAUGCUGACCAAGACCUGGCGCUCCAGUGCCACGGGUGACGAGAAGUUCGCCGACCGGCUGCUGAGGGACUUCACCGACUUCUGCGUCAACCGCGACAACCGGCUGGUCACGUUCUGGGCAAGCUGCCUGGAGAAGAUGCAUGCCAGCGCCCCCUGAGACGGGCGGCGUGGGUCAGAGGAUGGGAGGAUGCCCGUCUGCUGCUGAUACGCAACGGAUCGGCCAGGCUCUGGGCGUCGAUGGCAGUUUGCCACCGUCAGUGGGCGGGGGCCGCCGCCGCUUCCCCCCGUGUUCUUCCGCUCGAGGAGAAGGAUUCUGGAAGCAGCUAGCGCCCGCCCAGAGCAGGUGGGAGGCCCAGAUGGCCCGUGGGAAGGGGACAGGCAGCCCCCAGGAGUGUCCUCAGAGGGGGUGGCUCCUCCGAGAGUCCCCUCCUGCACCCCCCGGGGGCUCUUCAGAGCAGGAUCCACACUUCCCACUAGGAGAGCGCACAGGAUGUAAGAUAAUGUUGUGAAAUAGUGUACAUAGGCUCACACCGACUGUACAUACCUGUACAUAGCAGCAGUGGAGGAAAGGGCCCCGCGCGCCAUCCCUGGCCCCAGCCUGGUUUCUGUGCCGUCUUAAAGCGCCCCCCCCCCACCUUUCCAGGCCCCUGGUACAUGCUGGGGGAGCACCAGGGGCUGGCUAGGGUUCUCACUGGGGGCAACUUGGACCCCCGUUUGAGAAAAUUUGGCAAUAUCUGGAAACACUCGGGUGUCCUAACAGUCCGCAGUGCUACUGGCAUCUGAUGGGUGCUUCCCAACACCCUGCAUUGCCCAGGGUGGCUCCUACAGCAAAGAAUUGCCCGGCCCCGGCCCCCAGCCAGGCACCAUGGCUCAGUGGUUGAGCGUUGACCUAUGAACCAGGAGGCCACGGUUCAAUUCCCAGUCAGGGCACAUGCCUGGGUUGUGGGCUCGAUCCCCAGUGUGGGGCGUGCAGGAGGCAGCCAUCAAUGAUUCUCUCUCAUCAUUGACGUUUCUAUCUCUCUCCCCCUCUCCCUUCCUCUCUCUGAAAUCAAUAAAAUAUAUUUUUUAAAAAAA